ACGACUACGAAUUAUCAAGUAAAUAUGUAUUGUUUAUUCAUAAAUUCUUAAGAAAAUAAUAACCCUUUUCGACAUAAGGAGUCUUAUGUUAGCCCUGACCCAUCUUUUCUCUCAAAAUGACUGAAAUCGAUGUAAUAGAAUCACUGUAUUUGUGCCGGUGCUGCUUAUGGCGCCCCCCAGACAAGGAUUUGAUGAAGCCUUACACAUUUCUUGGUAAAUCAGAAAUAUUUGCAGAGAUGUUGACUAAAUGCUUCGAUAUACGUCUACCGCUGGAUGACGAUGAUGAGUGUGGGAUCUGCGAGGUGUGCGUGGGACGGCUGCGGGACGCGAGCGACUUCAAGCUGCAAGUGCAGCGCAGCCAGGCCGAGCUGAAGGCACAGCUACGUAAGGUGCUGCGAGCCAUGGAUCAAGUACCAGAGGCUAAAGCGAAGUUGACUCAAAAAGAAGCAAAAGUUACAGUAGAUGAUGACGUCAUAUUGAUAAGUGGAGAAUCAGCCGCGUCAGAGACAGAGAUGCCGGCUGGCGCGUUCAGCGACGAAGAUGCAGCAAAGCGUAUCGGCAUGGGACAGCGCAGCUGAUUCGCAGGCGGGCCCACGGCUGCCUCUGUCCGCCGGCGCCAGGGAGCUGCUCACAAUGGCUUACAACAUGAACCACGAGAGCCUCUCCGAUAUCAAGGAUCUCCACAAUAACCCAGAUUUUUGUCCUAACGAAACUCCGCAGGAGAAAAAUAGAACGCGGAACACCAACGCUGAGCGUAUCUCGCCAAAUCAAAAGUUGAAUAAGAAAAAAAAACAACGAUUUCGUGAAAAUCAAUUUUCAGACAAAAAUAAUUUGAUAACACACAGUCUAACGCAUACGGUGAACGAACAGAAAUCUGCCCCUAACGUUGACGAGACAUAUCACUCUGUAUUCGAUAAAUGGGAAAAAGAAUACACAUCUAAACUGAACUUGAAAAGAAAAUUUCUUAAAUGUAAUACCUGCCUUAAACGGUUUGCACAAAAAGAAGCUUUGGACAAUCAUUUACUGUUUGAUUGCUUUGAAUACUUUUGCGAUUUCUGCAAACGCGGCUUCCAAACUAAACACAAGUUGAUACAUCAUAUGUCCCUUCACAUGGGUAUAAAGACUUGUGAAAUAUGUCAGAAAGACCCCAGAAACAUGAAGAAAUACUUUUGUGGUUCAUGUCAUAAAGGUUUCAUCAAUAAACCGAUGUUGUCAAAACAUUUGCUAACACACGCAAAAAGGAAAUCUUAUGCUUGUGAAGUAUGUAAUAAAGAGUUCCGAUAUAAAACUCAAUUUCAUAUUCAUCUCCUCACACCGGGGCACUUCAGCAGACGUCAUGAAGAAUUCAAAAGUAAAGAACACAUGAACACACACGUGUCUGAAAAACGAUUUUCAGAAAAGCUUGCCGUGAUGAAUUUACUGAAGCAGCCGUCUGACGUAUCAAUUCAGUAUUUAUCCAAAAAAGAAUAUAAAUGUAAAGAAAUCUCUGAUUCUCGUCCGAAAAGUCAAGCAACUCAAUACUUUUGCCAUACUUGUAAAAUACAAUUCACUGAAAAGGAGGAAUUCCUGAACCAUAAAUGUAAAAAGGAGUACUAUUGCAAUUUUUGUUCUAUGUGCUUUACACAAAAAACCGUUUUAACAAAUCAUAUCCGUACACACACAGGCGACAAACCUUAUUCCUGUGAUAUAUGUCAUAAACGAUUCGGACGCACACAUGUAUUGAAAAUGCACAAGCUUAUUCAUAGUGGACUGAAGCCACAUUCUUGUAAUAUUUGCAAUAAGCAAUUUAGACUAAAAACUGCAUUAAAAAACCACGUGCAACGAUUGCACACUGCUAUAAAACCAUAUGCUUGCGAUGUAUGUUUUAAAAGAUUUACUCGAUCGUUUGAACUAAAAUAUCAUUAUAGAACGCACACUGGUGAAAAACCAAAUAUUUGUGAAAUUUGUCAAAUGAAAUUUACUCAACCCAACGCCGUCAGGAGGCAUAUCAUACGUGUUCAUGUUGGAGAAACCUAUCGUAUUCAUAAAACAUAAUUUUAACUAAAGAUGUAUGCUAUACAGUUGUAUCACAGUAUAAUAAAGAUACUGUAUAUUUGA